ACACUUUUUCACCUAUUUGAAUGGAGUAAACAUAAUUGAAGUUCAAUUAAAAACUGUUGAUACUAAUACCAAAUAAAACACGUCUUAUAAAGAUGAAUAUCGCGAAUCAAGCGAAAUGUCGUUAGACAAAAAUAGUUUUUCACCCCUCGAUAUCAUAAUAAUAUCUUUUCCUUGUUUUGUAAUUGAAAUGCUUCCGUAUAAAUUGACUCAAAUUAUAAUUUUUCUCCUGUUUUGGGUACCAAAAGUGUAAAUUAAUUAUCGACCUCACUCGAAAAUUCCAGUGCUUUGCCGUAUCGAGUGUGACCUUAAACACGAUUUCAUCUGGGAUGUGUAUCGGGUUUAACGCGUCACUGUUCUCAGACCUGAAGAGGAGUCGAGAGAUACACUUGGAUAAGGAUUCGGAGUCAUGGUUAGCAUCACUGAUCGGGAUAACAACACUAAUGGGAUGUCUCUUCACUUCGCUAAUCAUAGACAGAAUUGGCCGGAGACCUGCAGUUCUUAUCAGCUCAGUUCUCAUGGUUUGCGGUUGGAUAACAUUCAGCUUGGCUUCAUCGUUUUCUGCCUUAUUAUUAGCAAAGAUAUUUCAAGGAACAUCUGAGGGUCUUGGGACCACAAUGGGCGGUAUUUUUAUUGCAGAAUACAGCAGUCCAAAAUACCGUGGAUCUUUUAUAGCAACAAUACCUGCUGCGUUGUUAGUUGGUGUUUUAUCUUCACAUUCACUUGGUUUGUUUUACAACUGGUCUCAUAUAUCUCUAAUACUAUUAUUUUGCUCUUUACCUGGAUUGAUAAUUGCUAUAUUUACACCGGAAUCACCGACUUUUUUGGCGACUAAAGGGCGCUACGAUGAAUGCCGCUGGCUGAGAGGUCCAGAGGACGAUGACGAAGUGGAAAAAAUGAUCGAGGCCGAUAUGAUCGUCAAAAAACCCAAGAAAAGUUAUACAAAGAACGUGCCGAAAUUGAUUAAGGAAAACUUAACAUACUUUAUUAUGUCGUUCAAAAAGCGCGAAUUUUACAUUCCAGUAUUUAUAGCGAUACAUUUGAAUGCUAUUUUUCAAUUUUCUGGUGCUAUUGUCUACGAUUCGUAUCCUUUGGACAUUCACACAGCAUUAUAUGGUACGGAUAUUUAUAUGUUUAAAGUAAUCGCAUCGCUUGAUAUGGAAAGAAUGUUGUCUACUGCUUUAGCAAUUUAUUUAACUUCUAGAAUAAGAAGGCGUCCGCUCUUAUUCGCGUUUGUAGGGUUGAAUGUACUAGCGUUUCUGUGUGUGGCCGGAUACAUAUACGCUAGGCGUCACAAUCUUCUUCUACCUUUUGACCAUAUUAUUAUAGCUAUUGUGAUCUUUUUGCAACAUUUCCAUAUGUUCACCAGCGGAGCUGGCGCUACUUCUUUGACCACAAUACUUAGUAAUGAAUUAUAUCCAAUGGCAAAUAGAGGUUUGUGUGGAUCAAUUUGUAAUGCAUUUUUCUCGAUUCACAUGUUUGUAAACAUCAAAACCGCGCCGUAUUUAUUCUCUCUGAUUGGUGUAGAUGGAACGUUUUGUGCCUAUGCAGUGGUGCUGUUUUAUAGUCUGGUUGUGUCUUAUUAUAUGGUACCGGAAACUAAAGAUAAGACUCUUCAAGAAAUAGAAGAUAAACUCAGAGGAUAUUCUAUAAGUCAUCGUGGUGAAGCUAUGAAAUUAAAAGAUGUUGAGUUUUGAGGAUAUUAAGUAAAAUGUAUUCGACAAACAAAACAUUUAAAAAUCGGAAUCAAAAGUUCAAAGACGAUAAUUUAUAUCAAACAUGAGCUGCAGUCAUAUGAGUAAAUAUUUCUUGUGCAAAAAGUCGGCUGUUUUUAAAUCUAUGACAUUUAAACUAGUAUACCUAUCUAAUUUAUUAAAAUAUAUAAGGGGGCACGAAGGGUAUGUAGUUCUUGCCGAUCCGCAGAUGUUGGGACCGAACCGAUGGAUGUUUUUAGGUCUCUACACACCAAACGACUGCCCUUGCACCUUCUCACCCGAAGCCGAUCUCCGCCUGGGGUCAAAACCGGGGCAGUGGGGUUCCCACGGUCAACACUACAGCCAGACUGGCGGCGCCACCACGAGUAUACAAGACCAUCGGGUCUUCAAGGCGAUCGUCGACGUCAAAGAGUUAGAGGAAACUUUUGGCCCAGGCCAAUAAGAAUUCAAAAGCGGUCGUAAUGUGACGAAAAAUUUGGCUCGCUCUGUUCGCAGGCCGUCAACGUCUGCGACUGAAGUCGCAGAAAUGAAGGCAAUAGUUUUUGAAAAACCUCAUUAAAGUUUGAGAGAGAUAGCCCCCGAGCUUUCUGUGUACCACGACUCGAUCCGUACCAUUUUAAAUGAUCACUUGAGUGUGAAGCAUGUUGCCGCUCGACUAAGCCUAAAAGACCUUAAUUUUCUGCAAAAACUCAUUCUCUUAUGAGUCGCUGAGGACGAGCGUAAAGUCGAUCAAAAUCACGUUUAUUUAAUAAUUUAUUUAUUUAGUCUACUUACAAAUUAAGAGCAUAAACCAAAACAUUUGUAAGGUAUUAAUAAUUAGCUUAAGUAAUUUCUAACAAGAACAACAAGUGAACGCUGCAAACCAUCAUGGAAUUUUUACUGGUGGUAGCACCUCUUGUGAGUCCGCACGGGUAGGUACCACCGCCCCGCCUAUUUCUGCCGUGAAGCAGUAAUGCGUUUCGGCUUGAAGGGUGGGGUAGCCGUUGUGACAAUGCUGAGACCUUAGAACUGUAUCUCAAGGUGUGUGGCGCAUUUGCGUUGUAGAUGUCUAUGGGCUCCAGUAACUACUUCAUACCGGGUGGGCUGUGAGCUCGUCCACACAUCUAAGCAAUAAAAAAAAUAUAUAUUUAUAUCGAUUUCCGGAUGUUAACUGUUUUAUUUGAAUAUUGGAAGGUCAAGCAAUGAUAAAGAAUAAUUAAGCGUUUUAGGCCUUCACACAAGAUCAUCAAUGUGAACAAAUAUUUGAUCAAUCACUCAACAGAUGCCAUCUUUUUUUCCGCUACCUAUUCUGCCAUAAGUUCUGUUACAAAUUAAAACACAUUUUUCUAAUGAAAUAACGUAAUACUAUUAUAAUUUAUACUUGCAUAUUUAUUAAAGUCUCCGCAAAAAAUUCAAAAAUAUUCUAUUUGAAAUGGCCACUUUUGGCUUUAUACAGGCUUUUAAUCUAUUUGGCCACGAAUCUAUGGAUUUACGCAUUGGUUUCCAAGAGAAAUUUCGCCACAGCUUGCUUCAAAGGUUUUUUAAAAGAAUCAAUGUCGCCGUGUCGUUUAAAGCAGGCCAUGUCCUCUAAAACUGACAAUAAUUUGAAGUCUCAAGAGUUGAGGUCUGGGCUAGAUGAGGGCCAGUCUUCGGCUCUUAUAAUGUCCAUAACGUUCGUGUCAAGCCAGGCUUCGGUAGUUCGUGCCUUGUGACCAGGUGCAGAGUCCUGUUGGAAAUUCCACGGCAUAUUUUUAAAAAGUGUAUUGCUCAGAGGUUUCACAACAUAAUCCAAGACUGUAUGUCUUGAUACACUUUGGCUGAAGUUUUCACUCCUUUUUCACAAAAAUGUAGUUUUAUGACUCCUUGAUAAGACACGCCCCACCAAACCAUCACUGACGCAGGAUGAUGACCACGUUGUACCUUUCCGGCCACUUGAGCAGCUUCUUUAGAGCUGUGAGCGUACACUUUAUCAUUUUGCUUAUUGUAGUGUUCUUCAAUUGUGGAAAAAUUUUCAUCGGUAAAGAGUAUUUCUGGCAAGGCAUUUCUGUGCCCUUCGCCUGCGUAUCGCGACAGAAGGCGUUUUGAUUGAUCUACUCUCUUUAAUUGUAAAGAUUGAUUUAGGGCAUAUCCUGCCGGGUGAUGGUGGACCGCGUUCCCCCGACCGCUCUGGGGGAAGGUGUAACGCGGCGCCAUCAAAGCGGGCUCUCGGCCCGCUGAACGAGGGAACCGGUGGUCGUGUCGCUGGCGGCCACCGGUCCGGCGUCCGUGGGACGGUGGGAUGGAUGUAAUGUGCUCUGCGUCAACCCUGUCCCGCCGUUUCAAUAGCCCCGACUGGGCUCCGGCCCGGUCCGAGGUAGGGCGCCGGUUGUGAGCGGCAGGAGUUUUUAGUGAGGUUCAACUCCCACAUACCCCACCUGCCGCGCGGGUGGGGAUCCGGCGAUUUUCUAAUGUGGAAAAAAAAAAAAAGGGCAUAUCCUGUAUAUUGACGAUAAGCACCGAGCUUCAGGUCUUGUUUUAUAAUACGCGACAGAGUCUUUCUGGUCUUUUCUGGUCUUCGACAGACGAAGUGUUGUUGUAUCUGUUGAUAGUACGAUAUACGAACAUACGGCUGACACCGAGCUUUCGAGGUGUCUGGAAUAUGACCGACGGCUCCAUACCCACUCUGCGCAAGGCGAUCACUGCAAUCCUAUUUUCUUUAACACCUCAUUUCAUAUUGUAAUGAAAACGAAAAAAAAAGUGAAAUGGUGCAAAAUCGAAAGAAGUUUUUAAAAUACGUGUUCCAAAUUCAAAAUAAUUAAAAAGUUGAAAAAAAAAAGAAAAGUUUUUAUGUAACAGUAUUUGUAUAACCAGACUAGUUAUUUAUUAUACUAGAUUCCCCGGGCGAGACAAUGCCAUGGAGCAACCACCUUAUUCACUAGAUAUAGCUCCAGCCGACAUCUUUCUUUUUCUUACACUCAAAUUAUCACUUCGUGGUACCCGUUUCCAUAAAAUGUUUUGUAAAAAUGUUUGGAUGAUUAGAUUAUAAUUAU